AUGCCAGCGAUUCCGCAGCAAGAACGGCAGGAAGACCUCCCCCGGGUCGUCUUCGCUUCUAGUGCUACGACCUACACCAUGGAGGUCCCGGCCGAAGGGAUGAUGGCCCCGGCAGCGGCUCACGUCGCUCUCGCGGAGAUCGCUAAGGACACAUAUGGUAUGGUCAUAUGCCAAACCAUGGCCGAGUGCCAGCUAUGCCCCUACCCUCCCAAGGCGCAAGUUUCGUGCGUCAUCGACGACACCGUAGUCAUGUGGUGCAACGAGCAGGCCCACGUCGUGGCGUUGGGUAGGACCAACCCUGAGUCUGUGCCGGGCAACCCUGGCUGGACUCGCAUCGACAUCACCUUCACCUCCGCGCUGGAUUUCCUGUGGUUCAUUAAGGUCUUCGCGGAGGCCAAGUCUGAUGUCAUCCACCGCGCGCGUGAGCUCCGGGACAAGUUGCGCCGUGUCAUGCGGACCGUCCCGAGCCAUUCGCCUCCCUCGCGGCCUGAGCAUCUGUGCACGGUGGCUUCUCAUCGCGCCUCCAUCACUGCUAAAGUAGUCCAGGUCAGCGAGGAGGACGGCCAGGAUGCCGGCCAGGAGGAGCUGCCGGUUGCUUGA